AAGACAGCAAAAGGAUCGGUGUGACCUGAGGAGGAGGAGACAUUAUUGUAAAAUAUGUAAAAGACUGUCUCUCAAACCGCAUACUUCUGUCAGUACACAGCUAGUGCGCACUGAAAGCUGACUUGCGUUGUGCCCACUUUUUGAUGCAGAAGAACUUAUUUUGCAUGGACAUGACGCUCUAUUUACGGAGAGUACCAACAUCAUUACGUACAAAAAGAAAGUUUGAAAAGUUGUUGCUAUUGUUCAUUGUUGCUGCCUGUUUGAUGGUCCUUUUUGCCUUGAGAAAUGUUUUCUUUCCAGAGAUUUACUUUGAAAUGAACACAUCAUCAGAAACAUCUAAAGAGAGGGCAUUUGUACCCUUUGCCUUCACUUCCAAUGGCCACCAAGAUAAAGGUCUACAACACAAAUGCGGUCUUCCAACGGGUUGUGUUAAAGGGACCUUUGCUUUCAGAAUAAGGAGUGGUGCUGCAAAUGCUAUCCCGGCUACAAUGUGCUUUAACGGGCAAAUGAUUCUCAGCCGUUCACUGAGAAAUACAAAAGAGGGACUCAACAUUGCUGUAAUCAAUGCCCGAACAGGAGAACUCAUUAGAACAGGCACCUUUAACAUGUGGCAUGGCGAGGUUGAAAGCCUGGUAACAUUUCUGAAGGCUGUUGAAAAAGACACUCUUGUGCUGAUUGCAACAUAUGAUGAUGGAGCAACCAAGAUUACUGAUGAGGCCAGGGGACUUAUUGCUGAGCUUGGAAGUACAUCCAUCAAUAAGUUAGCGUUCCGUGAUAACUGGGUCUUUGCUGGAGGGAAGGGCAUCAGUGGAAAGAGUCCAUUUGAGCAGCACAUAGCAAACAACAAGUCAAAUAACAAAUAUGACAAGUGGCCUGAGCUACUGGAAAUGACUGGUUGCAUUCCACAGAAGAUGGACUGAAACUGGAUGAAGUUACUCAGCCUCAAGUGUGAUACCUUAGUGAGGUUACUCAGCCUCAAGUGUGAUACCUUAGUGAGAAAAUCCAUCAUAAACUAGAUGUACCGCAGAGCGGUACAAAAUAUGACCGCCGCCCAGUCCAGCACAAUUCUUCCACAAAAAUAAA